AAACAAUAGAUUGUUAAGCAACAAUGAAGCUACACAUAGUCCAGCUGGUGCUAUGUUUAGGUCUUAACUUGGCCUUGGCCAAGCAUAAGGAGACAGGACGUUUGAUUUCUUUCGGAAGUUCGGAACCUGCUGCCCCUUCGCCGGAGUAUAAAAAUGUGCCUUAUUAUCCCCCUCCAUAUCCCUCACCUUGCGGUUGUGCGCCGGGUUUGCCAGGACCACCUGGUCCACCAGGUCCUCCUGGUCUUCCUGGUAGUCCCGGUGAAAAAGGUGAUCGCGGAGAUACAGGUUAUCCUGGACAUAUUGGUAGACCAGGUAAACCUGGUCGUCCUGGAGUUCCCGGUAAUGCCGGACCACCAGGUCGUCCUGGUCGUCCGGGUCAGCCAGGUGCUCAGGGUCCUGUUGGGCCUCCAGGUCAUCAUGGCGGUCAUGGACACUAUCCAGUGCCUCCAGUAGUUGUACAGCCACCAGCACCGGUAUAUCCACCUCCAUAUCACGGGGGUGGUGGUAAUCAUGAGCACCAUCAUCACCAUCAUAAUUCAAAUAACCAACCCCAAAUAAUUGUACCCACCCAAGCACCUGUUCAUCCACCCAUAUACCAUCCACCUAUACGCCCACAUCCACCACCAGCUGCUCCCCCCGCACAACCACCUAUUAUUAUUUUCACUCCUGGCAGUUCCAGUAGUAGUAGUUCUAGCGCUGGCGGCGGAGGAGGUGGUGGCGGUGGUAGCAGUGGUUCCACUAGUACUGUGCGCACAACUACAAGAGCUCCAGCAACCACUAAAAAACCUGCUGCCAACAAUAGAAUUGUAUAUUUUGAUGGCAGCAAAUAUACCAACUAUCUGGAUGAAGAAAUUGAUCCAUAUAGGGAAGACCAUAACAAAGUAAAUGUAGGGCACCAGCAAAUGGUCGUGCACAAAUAUAAACAACGACCAAAUUACGCUGUAACACCAGCUGAAGAUGAUUCGGAUAUUGUACAACAUUAUCCAGAGGAUUCAGGGGAUCAGGAAGACAUUACAGGCGCAAAUGAAGAGUUUGAAAGUGUGUCACAUGCAGAAGGUAAGCCUGGUGAUAAUUACGGACAUAAAAACCCCAAUAGACAACCUGUAAAUCCGCAUACAUCUCACAAACAAGUAAUCAAUAGCGGUCAUGUAAGCAAAUAUCCACAAGGUGUUGCAGUAAUGGAAAGUACCCAAGUAUCAGGUCAUAUUAACUACGCUGUUGAUAACCAUAAUAGACAACCUGUAAGUCAACAUGUGGCAACUAAUGGUAAUGGAAGUAAGCAUCCCAUUGGACAAGAUCAAAAAGAAAAUCAAUACAAUAACUAUAAAAAAGAAGUGAUUAACAAUCACAAGCAUGUUGUUAAUACUUACAACAAUAACAACAACAAUAAUAACAAUAACAACAAUAAUAAUAACAACAACAAUAAUAAUCAUAAUAACAACAAUAAUAAUCAUAAUAACAAUAAUAAUAAUCACAAUAACAACAAUAAUAAUCAUAAUAACAACAAUAAUAAUCAAAACAACAACAAUAACAACGAAGGCGUUCAGACAAUGGAACAACCUACGUAUCAGGAGCAAAUUGACGCCAACUACCAAACCAAUGAUCAACAAAAUAUCGAAGUUGAAUCAGAAGCACCAGAAGAUAACAAUGAAGAACCAAUGGAAGUUUUAGCUGAAGUUGAAAAUUCCCAGGAAAUGCCUGCCACCGUUAAUAACUAUAAUCAUAUUCAUGGACAUUAUGGAACACCUGGAAAUGUAAAUGUGGUCAACAAUAAUAUUGCAAAUAAAUAUCCAAACUCAUAUAGUCCACAAGAACAACACUAUGAUAAGCAACCUCAUAAACAAAUAGUUAACAAUAAUAUUGUUCAACAAGUUGAGCCAACUUUAAAUUAUGAUAAAACUCCUGAGGAAUAUGAAUCCACGUUAACGCAAAAUAAUGAAGAAGAAGACAUUGAAGAAACUCAAGAACAAAAUCAAAACUAUGGCAUACAUCAAGAAAUUGAAAAUAGACCAGAUGUUGAUAGUCCUGCAGAUAUUCCCGACAAUAAUAAUUACAGUUACGGCAGUAGUUAUGGUCAACCUAUAUAUAAUAGAAAUCCAGGUCAAUCUCCAGUGCCACAGGUUUAUAAACCAGUUAAAGGAACAAAGCGCUCUAAAGGUCAUCGUCGUCAAUAAAUGGAAAAAUUAUUAAAUUAAAAAAA